UCCUGAUUCGAGCUGCGAAAGCCAAAGUCCUCGGGCUAGUCUGAGCCAAACCUGCCACUGCCUCUCUCUUUAAUCCCCGUCUCUUCCUCCCUAGGGAACUCCAUAAUACCUCCCUUGAUCCUGCCUUCGUAUCACCUCUCUCUCUCUCUUAAUCCUUCACCCGUACCUAUUUCCGUCUGACCCCUUCAUCUCCUUCCACGGCCUGUCGCUCGUCGCUUGCGCCUAUCUUGUGACACGCUUAUCCCCUCCCUCUUAGAACAACGUCGACUACGACCAAAAGGGUCAAGUCUGUCCGAUGCUUCAACCUGGAGACAUCUGGUAUAUUGUCGGCGCCGGCAGCUUUUGCGGCCUGGUGUUGAUUAUCCUCAUUAUCGUUUGGAUUCGAGUAUGGGUCAAAUCUCGUGCCAAAUCCCGUCGAUUACAGGAACCGAAUCCUGCCAAUGAGCGGACCUUGGACAACCUUCAUUCACCAUUGAUGCAGAAUGCGACGAUGCCAGGGAUGGCAAAGAGAUUAUCUUAUGAAGAGAAGGACCCCUAUGCGUAUAAUGACCAAUCACAGGUACAACCAUCCUUGACAUAUGAUCAGUCGGAACAAAAGCCAGCAUAUUACUACGAGCACCCGAACCUAUCGAAUCCAGAGCUCUUUGGUCAACCCAUGGUUCCCGCCGAUCAACAGAAUCACAUGGCCGUCGUGGAUCAUCAGUCUUAUUCUCAACACAGCCACAAUCCCUAUGCUAGCCCUUAUGAUGCCCCUCUUCCUUCUUCAUCCCAUGAUCACUCGAGCUACGAAUACGAUUACAAUAGCUCGCAGGAUCAUCAUCAUCCUGCUCAACUUGCUGUUGACCCUCAACAUCAACAACCAUAUUUCUCGCCCACGGAAUACGCUACCCCUGAUUCGUAUCAUUCACCUGGAAGCGACUACCACUUGAUGACACCUCAGUACCCUGAUCCAGGGAUGAGGCGGAUUGAGAGUCCAGCGUCAAGUGUAUCAGAUCCAUACACCGCCAUGCCUUCCGGAGUCACCUCUGGUCGAACGAGUGUCCAUCCUGCCUACCCUCCACCAGCUAGAUCACCUGUCAAAUCACCUCGUGGCGCUCGAGCAGAGCUGAACGAUACCCCAAACAGUCAGAAAAGGUUCAUGGAGCGAUAUGGUCGACAUCCACCAGUACCUGAUAGACCACACGGAUUGACACACUAUGCCUCGGGCAUGCAGAGUCAAGAGGAUUAUGAUGGGAGGGAUGAUUAUCGAGACGAUUACCGAGCGAGCUCUUCGAACGACCACUCGAGUCGUCUGCACGUUGUGAAUGAUCCAUAUCUGUACGGCAUUCCCAGUUCAGAGGGGCCAACAAAUCCAUACAGCCCGAGAAGGCUUUAUGGAUGAGUGGUUGGAAUGCAUCUUGUAUAAACUCUCUCUCAAAAACCCUGAUGAAGAAGCCAAUCGAUCGGUCCCCGGCAUCCGCAUUACUAUCAUGAUGCAUGGACAAAUCGUUAUACAGAGGCAAAA